AUGGUCACCAGGACAGAGGGUCAAAUUGAUGACUCUCUAAUUGGUGGCAAUGCCUCUGCUGAAGGUCCUGAGGGAGAUGGAACAGAAGCUACGGUCAUAACUGGUGUUGAUAUAGUAAUAAACCACCACCUUCAGGAAACCAGCUUUACAAAAGAAUCCUACAAGAAGUACAUCAAGGACUACAUGAAAGCAAUCAAAGCCAGACUUGAGGAACACAAGCCAGAGAGAGUAAAGCCUUUCAUGACAGGGGCUGCAGAACAAAUCAAACACAUCCUUGCUAACUUCAAAAACUACCAGUUCUUUGUAGGAGAGAACAUGAAUCCAGAUGGUAUGGUGGCUCUCCUGGAUUUCCGUGAGGAUGGUGUGACCCCAUAUAUGAUUUUCUUUAAGGAUGGCUUAGAAAUUGAGAAAUGUUAACAAAUCAAACAAUAUGGUUUUGGAUCACCUGUCUUCAUAGCUGCUGUUUCUUCUUCAUCGGCACACCACCAGGAAUUGGCAAUGUCUUAACAACUGGACUGAUGUCAUCUUGAGCUUUAUUCACUUAUUUUGACCCUGAUUUGGAGUGGAGGCAUUGUUUUAAAAAAAGAAAAAAACCAAACAUCUGUCACGUAGUUUGUCUAAAAUAAAACUCAUUUAAACCAA